AUGACAUCAUCUUCAUCAAGUCGAACAAAAACAUCUGAUAAACAAUCUAAUGAAUCGCAUGAAAUAUCACAAGUUGUUUAUGAAAGUAACAUAGCUAGUUCAAUACCCGUGCAAGACAAAUCAGCCAAACGAGAUCAUCAUGUUCACCCAUCAACUACUCAUGAUCAAUCUCAUAAAUCUUUUUCACAUGCUGUUUACAAAAAAAUUUCGCCACAUUUUUCAACGCCAUCAAUUCACUCAAAUUUCAUAGCACAUCCACCUAAAGAAGCAUUUAGUCGAUCAAAAGCACCAGUAGUACGUGCACGGCCAUUUGAAGAAUUUGCUGCUGGACCACUCAAUCCAGAUGACCAAAGUGGAACAAAGACAAAAUCGGAUGAUCAAUAA